AGGACUCUUGAGGAGGUUUUGUCGACUCGGAAAACAGAGUUGUAUGCGAAAGGAAAAAUCUACGCCGGAUUAUCAGAAUUUUCCUCGACAGAAACCCCUUUCCACAUCCCUGUUCGUAAAACUUCGUAAACAGACGAUCAUGAACGAGUUCCCCGGCCAAACCAUGUCGGUUUAGGUAUUUUGAAACAACCGAGAAGAGUCCGCUUGAUUGGAUCUCGAGAACUCGGGCACGAGGAGACUAAGAGCCUCAAGUUACGGCUGGAAACCGGGAUCCUUGUCAAAUGGGCCGGACAGUGCUUGUUGGGUCUUGAUGGGCAAUCGGAUGCCGUGCGAAUGGGACACUCGGACUGCGCUGUGUAGAGAAAUAAUUCAACGGUUCAUCCUUUCAGGCGGAGCAUAUGGGAUGGAGUAGAAAAACUUGCCGAUGUUACCGCUAUGGAAAUAGCUAGUUAGAGAUACAUGAAAAAAAAAGCUUCUCUGUUUUUGCUUUUUGCUUGCUUUCGCAUAUUCCAUGUCACAUUGUCGCGAUCUCCAGGCGUGUUGAGGCUGUUCUGCUCUCUGAUUGUCCGGGUCGAUUGGCGGUGCAGUAUCCAAGCGUAUUAUUCAGCUGGUAUUUAACUAAAAUAUAUCAACCUUCGCCAACGCCUCAAGAUUCCACAUUUUCCUUCCCCCGACUCCCUUCCCAUCAACCAUCUUGCCGUCAGACACUCGCAGUCGGAGUGCCCAGAUAACCUACUCGUUUCGCUGCCUCGUUGGUAUACCUGUGUGUCUCUUGGAUAGGAGAAGCCGAAUAGCCCUGGUAGAAGAAUAGCCGGGAAGAGCGUAUCCUUGUUUCUCCAGUUUACCCCUCCUUCGCGCCGGUAGACGUUCUCUAGGAAGAUAGCCAGCGCCCUUGUGGAAUUGGCUGCCAGCUAUCGUUGUUGCGUGCCCAAAACCUGGAGGAGAUCUGCUUCCGCCGAUUCUAUCCAAGCCUUCCGCCAUCCGUGAGAACCGGCGCCCACUGAACGUUCCGCUGUGGGGAGUGCAGGAUUUAUACCCGAUCAGCUGAUCCUUUCGCUGCCUGGCCCUUUGCGCCUUUGUCUAUCCUUCGUUCGAGCGCGAUCUGGUGUUUUCCUCGAUUGCAACUCUCUUCUAUUUGUUUUCUAUCCGCCACGCGAAAUAUUUACCUCACAUUACUCUGCAUUAUUCCUUCGCUUGACUCUCUAAUCGUGAGCAAUGUCGUACUAUCCUUCCCAGGGCUACGCGGGAGGUCAGGGCGGGUACCCGCCGCCUCAACAACAAUAUCCUCCUCAGCCAUAUGGAGCACCACCACCUCAGCAAUACCCCCCACAGAGUUACGGAGGAUAUCCACCGCAAGGCCCUCCACCCCCUCAGCAGAACCAAUACGGAUAUACCCCUCACACUCCAUCUCCUCAGCCACCGUACAAUGGCGGAUAUCAUGCUCCUCCACCUCAACAACCAAUGUACGGCGCUCUACCACCCCAUCCAAGUGUCUCUCCGCAACCUCCAAACGGUGCCCCAAUGUAUAGUGGUCGCGCAGGUGCGGCCCCUCCCGCACCUUCUCCCUACCCGAAUUCCUACAACAAUCAGCGCCCUUCCGGACAUGGCGUGCCUCCCCCGCCACCAACGCAGCCUGUCCAGUUCGGCCAUGGCGCUCCACAGGGAUAUAGUUUCCAAUACUCGAAUUGUACUGGAAAGCGGAAGGCCUUGUUGAUCGGUAUCAACUAUUUUGGUCAACGCGGCCAACUACGAGGUUGCAUUAACGAUGUCAAAAAUAUGUCGACGUAUCUGAACCAAAAUUUUGGCUACGCAAGGGAGGACAUGGUUAUCCUUACCGAUGACCAGCAAAAUCCAAUGAGUCAGCCAACUAAGGCAAACAUCCUGCGAGCGAUGCACUGGCUAGUGAAGGAUGCUAGACCCAACGACUCCCUCUUCUUCCAUUAUUCAGGUCAUGGUGGUCAAACGAAAGAUCUUGACGGCGACGAAGAUGAUGGAAAUGACGAGGUCAUCUAUCCUGUAGAUUUUAGAUCGGCUGGACAUAUUGUCGAUGACGAAAUGCAUAGAAUUAUGGUCAAGUCGCUUCUUCCUGGUGUCCGUCUAACUGCAAUCUUCGACUCGUGCCACUCCGGCUCGGCCCUCGAUCUUCCAUAUAUCUACUCUACCCAGGGCAUUCUCAAGGAGCCCAAUCUGGCCAAGGAGGCUGGUCAAGGUUUGCUCAGCGUUGUGUCUGCGUACGCGAGAGGAGAUGUUUCAGGCAUGCUUUCCACUGUUGGUGGAUUAAUCAAAAAGGCUACGAAAGGCGAUGCAAGUCACCAGAAGGCACGACAAACGAAAACAAGCCCCGCCGAUGUUAUUAUGUGGUCCGGAAGCAAGGAUACCCAGACAAGCCAAGACGCCACAAUUGGUGGAGAAGCUACUGGAGCUAUGUCCUGGGCCUUUAUUACCGCGUUGAAGAAGAACCCACAACAGAGCUACGUGCAACUCUUGAGGAGCAUCCGUGAUGAAUUAGCGACGAAAUAUACCCAGAAACCCCAGUUAAGUUGCAGUCAUCCGCUAAAUACCGAUCUUCUAUAUGUCAUGUAAACGGAUAUUUCAUUCUUAACUUCCCCCCAACCGGUUCGAGGACACGCCUUGUAUGAGCAAGCUCGCUAAGUGGUACGCGAAUGAAAUCUUGACAACAGUGAUAAAUACAAAACCCUGAGCUGACUCUACUGGAAACGACACUUGGGCUUUGCUUGCUUGAUGAAAAUUCGCCCUCUCGUCCGAGUAUUUGGCCUGUUCGACACUUGUGUUUUGCGAAACUACUCUUCUCCUACCAAAUAUUCAGCUUCAACUGCAUGCUUUACCACUGUACCUUCCUCCAAUUGGAUAUGUCGCCGUUCUCUCUUAUUCCCAUCUUUUCCUAAUGUCUCUAGUUGAAGUACCUUGACGAUUUUCCUAGGCCUAAAGCAUCUGUUGUUGUCUUUUUUUUUCGAUUAUCAUUCCUAAACUGCCGUGAGUGGCGGACUUGAAUACGGGGGGGAAGGAAAAACCUUGGUAAUCACAGUACUCGAUAGUCUAUAUGCCUGUUAUCAGUCUAUGUUUGCACGUCAAUGUCUAGCUUAUUAUCAUUUUUUCCUGAAGAGCUGUCAUGGUAUUGAAAGAAUGGAAUAGUUAAACACUUCUUUCUUCUUGCUCUCUCUUUGUAAUGUGUUUUAACUCUUUAGUUAUUGUUACUGAUCUGGCUAGUUUGUGCUCUAUCAGCUUGUCUUUCUACAUCUACUUUUCCCAUCUUUUUCAGAAAUGAUAUUCUGAUGUUCUUGUAUUUACUCUCAAUCUUUU